AUGCUACGACUGCCACUGAAUCCUUCGCAUACCCAACACUAUGUGCUUCAGGAAACAGUUCAGAAUGGGAUCGGGGCCGGGAAGUUACUACUGCGAGACCGUAUGAACGAGUUCAAUUCCCGUAGCUACGAUCUGCAGGCACUCACCGUUCACUGCGGGUGCUGGUCGAUCGCUGAGCGAGCUCUACAGCUUAAAAGUUUCAGCCAGCAUUGGCUUGAUCGUUUCUCAAGAUAUCUGUUUAAUCUCUCUCCCUUCCUUAUUCAAAUUCCUUUCGCCUACCAGGCUGGUGACCUAGAUGCGGAUCUCUUCGUGGUCAUGGAUGAUAAUGAUGAGAGGGCUGUUAGUAGAGGUCAAUUUCCGGUUCCUUUAGCCCCUGAGCUCACUCAGAGAAUCUAUGACUUCCUUGAUCAAGAGGAGGACGUCGUCAAUCUUAGCGAGGUUCUGCGCUAUGGCCCCAGCCCACGUCGGUGGAAAGAACUUGGUCGCAAAUACGACCUGGAAGAUGGCGCAAACUGCGAAGUUAAUGUGCGAACCAUUGCCAAGAAAAUCAUGCGGAAUCCGCCAGGUCGUUAUCCCCGUACGGCAAACUAUAGGACAAUCUGGGAUAAUGUGCGAAUGGUUGCAACGGCUAUGGAACAAACCGUCAAUCUUGUACAGGUUCCAAGACAUAUGUAUGUGCCCUACGCCGCAGUCUUGGAUCGCAGUCUACCAAAACUGGCCAAAAGAUAUGCGUUACCUACGAAGGAUGUGUCUCAACUCACUUUCACGUUCGAUGGGUCCAUUCUGUCAGGCAUUAUCCUCAAUGGGAUACUCGUUGGCUAUAAGGGCCAAACAUGGAGUUCUGUCCGCGUGAACAGCAUUAAAGGCCUCCAUAUAGCGGCUGUUGGUGGGCGAUUUGUUGCUAUUCAGGUCAAGGAUUCGAAUGGCUGGCAGCUACAGUGGCAUGGCCUACCCCCAACAAAUGGCACUUUCAGUCGCCUAGAGUGGAAGUCAUCGAGGACGGAGCUUCUGAUAUCGUACGAUAAGGACAAGAAGAUGAUAGAGCUAGCCUGUCGAAUCGAUAUAGACCAACAUGUCCUUUUCCCGACGACCCAAGUACCUGUAGACCUGUCACUUACCCUGUCUUGCCUGUACGACCGCCACAAGCGAAGUCAUGGUCUGUAUCCACUAUGGACUUUCACCACAGACUUUCGACAGGUCACUGCUGUCAAUGCAUACAUGAACCCAGUUUGGGGACAAUUUGCUGUGAGCGCGUUGGAGUUUGUCUGCAAAGAUACAGUUCACCUACUUGGGCCGUCAAUCACUUCUGACGUUAAACUCUCCUUUCUGUUGUUGCCCGACGAAACUAUUACUACUGUCUCCGUCGGCAGUGCUCCGGACGAUGGCAAUCUGGCACUAACAUUUACCACAAACAAAAACCGUUCCGUGACCUUUGGUGACCCGUCCGCUGAAAUAUCACAUUCAGUGGCCAAUGUGGCCGGAAUUGCGAUAGGAAAGUCUCUUCUGGAUCACCACAUGUCGGCCUUUGGAAUUUUCCAAAGUCCCCAACGUCCAGUUGUGCAUCCACUUCGAGACAAAGUGGCAGGAAAUCACCAGUAUUGGACUUCAACAGUGAUACCCAGUAUCCCCCCAUUCAUGGGCUUGCAGUCAACUGCGCCCCUUAAUGCGAUCUCUAUGAUACAAGCUUUCCAAGCCACGGCGCUAGGGCCUGUUACCGGUCUUCUGCUGUUCUACCGUGACCGUUGCCCCUCGGCUCUCGGCGAACUUACCAUCAGAUCUGCAACACAUACCUUGGAACCUGGUGAAGAUAUCCAAGGAAUCGCUAUUUCAUAUCUUUCUGAUGAAAGUGGCCACCGGAUUUAUUGUAUUGAGCUUUUGGUAGGUGGUCGUUCAAUCUGUUUCGGCCUUCGUAACCCACGGUGCUUUCUGGUCAGAACACAGCGAAAGCUUGACCCUUUCCUGGCUGGACUGGCCCGCGCGGGAACAGUCUGGGAAGAGGUGGCUAUGUCUGUCACACACUUUGACGAUAGGGCAUAUGAUGAGGCACUGGCUUUUGAUUCUGAAGUUGAUGUACUAAUUGAAGAUGGUGAAAUGGCUAAAGUCGACCGGUUAUGCCAAGGCGUCAACCACGAUUUUGACCUCCAAGUAGUUUCAGACUUCUGA